AUGUGCCAAUAUCAAUACCAUUAUUAUGGUCAUUGCCAGCACCAAGAAUUGAUUCUUGUCAAGCUCUGUGAAAACACCAUCUCUCUAGCUCACUUCGACAAACACCAACAAAAACACAAGACAGAAGUCGCGACUGCCAAAGCGCUUCCCGCCAACACAACACCCGCAUUGUCGUGCGCAGCCAAACCAGACUUCUGCAUUACAAAACCAUCCAUUGUUUUGACAGAACAAGCUGAUCAUUUUAUCUAUCCAUCGAGCAACAUCAUACACAUCAUAGUGAGCGCCCUGGCUCCCGAGACACACGAGAUGAGGUUAGUGCCCACCAUUGCUUUGCUGCUUUUUGCAAUAGUUGCUGACUAUCAUANNAGCGACCACGAGAAGGAGUUUGCACAGGAAGUCGAACGCCGUUACAACGAUAUCAUCGGCAGUGGUAGACCUCCUGCUUACUACAAAGCCAUCGCGAUCCAACUGGAGCAAGUCCUUGAAAGAGUCCGCCAGCUCAGCGACCCUAGCUAUUCGGCAGCUGUGAGACUCCGACAACUCCAUGAGCACAACGACCAACCAUCGAGUCAAGCUCCCUCAACCAAUCCUUCGACCCCUGAUGCCGUGCUUCUUGAGAACUUCCCUGCGCUUUCCCUUGCGGUUGUUCCUAGCAGCGAUACCUCAACCCAAUCUUACGCAAAGGUGAUUAAGAACUCUCUUCCGCAACAACCACCUGUCGUCACUCAGGAAAAUGAGCCUCAAGAUCUAAUUGAGCCUCAAACUUUGUCUCGUGUCUCUUCCAACCAAGAUGAAGACGGUGAUUGGUGUGUCGUUGACCGCUCAGGUCGUGGCGUUCGCUCCCAGAAACCGCGCGCCCUUGUCUCCGAACGACAUGCACGCAAGUCAAUCCCGAAGGCAUGGAUGCAAACAGACGAUGAUGCUCAAACUGUACGACACACAUCUGAAGAUGCUCCAAUGGUACCUCACUCAAGUCCAAGCAAGCCUUUGCAGCGCACCUCUCGGGUCAAAGGCCCCCAUACCCAGCUUGCUCAAACCCAGACCAACUCACUUAAGUCCAAACCGAGCAAACCUACUUUGACCAAGACAACAGCAUCGAAAACACCAGGUUAUGCCUCACCCACAAAGGCCUCCAAGCACCGCACUGUUGAAACACUCGAGUCUGUGAGACCACCUUCUCCUUGCAAGUCCAAGUCUGUGCGCGCCGACACAAUGUCCAGAGCAACCAUUUCCCCAUCGGAACAAAGCUCACCCACUCGAUCUGUUGCAUCUGCAGUCUUUGAUGCUUCCCGCCGUAAGGUUCUUCCUGUCCAUGGCAAACACCCUGCAGCCUCGACACUCUUCGGCCUGGAUGGAACGUUCGACUUCGAGCAACCCAGCAUGUUGCAGGCUUUCUCUGGCAACUCUGAGCGCCCAUCAAAGAAGGCAAAGCUCGGUCUGAAAAUCAACAUUCCAGAUCCUUCCAGUAGCUUGCCUCGCCCAGGCAGCCCAUCUCGCAUUCCCAUCGCUGUGCCGCCAAGCAGUCCAGCUGUGCUCUCUGACCCUGUAACUCCUGAUCAUAUGAUCGUACAUUCCGUUGGAACAGCCGAAGCCGACAAGACUGCUGUCAAGCCUGUCGAUAGAGCAGCCAUACUCGAUCCUAUUAGGAGACGUCUAUCUAGUGCUUCUUCCACCAGCCAGCAACGAUCAAGUACUUCUUCGACCGAACGACCACGCCAAGACUCUGCAGGCAUGCAAUCGAAAGAGACCUCCUUGGUCGAGGGUGACCCCAAGGACGAACACAUCAUGCCCAGCGAAUCGCAGGAGACCGGUACCCCGUCAAAGGCUCAGCAGCCAUUCAACACUGCUGCUUCUUCACUGACAGCUGCUCUCGAACCGGCCUCGGCGCUGUUGCUCGACACGAUCAAACAAACUGCCGAAGCCCACGCUGUUCGCCAAGGCAACAGUCAGAGCAGAGAAACUUCUGCGAUCAUGGACGAAGCACAGCAAGCAAAGAAAAUGCACGAGUUCCAAGCAGCCUGCCGUUCGCAACACAUCUCUUGCGCUUCUUCUCCUGAAAAAGACUCCGCAGUGCUAAGAUGUGGUCCAGUCAAGGUUGACACCUCGAAAAGCAAGACGAGAUCCUCGUCUGGCCCUGCUAGAUUCAGCCUGCGAGCUACUGCGGCUCACUUCGUCCCUAUGCCUACUUNNCCAGUGGAUCCAUAUGGACCAUUGGGUACACCCGAGCCUGUAUUCGGACUUCCUCUGCCACCUGCACUUCCGAGUCUCGUCGCACCUGCGCUUGGAUUUGCACCACCAGCUGUACCCACACUUCUGCCGGUAUGUCCACCAAUCCUUCCCAUGGCAGUCGCUGAGAAAGCUCCUCAGCAGCUUGCAACUCAGUGCCCUUCGGCCGUCGAUGGCUACUCAAGCUGGAUACCCGAUGACGAGUGGUACGACCUUCCACUCGAGGCCAAGACAGCCAUUCUCAGAGAGCGAAAAGAGCGUAGAUCCAGCUCUGCUUCAUCUCCUGGGAUCUCCUCGGCCAUGUUCUCCAACUUCACGACUAGUCCAUCUUUGUCCUCGCUUGGACCCGUUACGGACACCGGCAUGGGUUUUUACAAACCACAAUGGGACUGGAUGAACCCUGGUCAGAAUGGAGUUAGAUUCGGCAGGGCAUCUCUUCCAACUAUGCCUGAGCUUCAAGGUGAUGGCUAUCAUCGCAAAGGUUGGGAUGUCAAAUCUGCGGCUCCCGGAUGGCGAUACGGUUGGCGUGGAGGCGAUGGCCUGGAAAUCUCAUUCAAGGGAGACGGCCCAGUCGCCGAAAGAAACCCCAAUGCACCAGUCAACUUCAACGAGUACAACAACGACCUCUACGGCAAGCCUAGUAAGAAAGGCCACAAGUAUGGUGAUGGCCAUUGGUCUAAGAGGAACGGAGGCUCACCUAACAGUCGUGUCAGAGAAUGGGCCAGAAACGCAAACUACCCUUCUGUCCCCUGUGGCAACUUCGACGUCAUCCAGGCUACUGAACAUCUGCCAGCCUUCUCUGAUGCUUGGUGUCACAGUUGCUUACCUGCGCAUAUGUAA